CUCAGGGCUCUCCCUCACUUAGUCUGCUCAUCCCGCCAACAAGGGGGGCAAAAGGUGGGGGGAGGGAGGGGGCGUUGAUCUUUUUUACCUGCAUUUAAAUGUAUCUACUUCCGUUUUCCCCUUUUAUACGUUGAGAGGCUGGGAGUGGCUCGUUCGGGGAAGCGUUGGCCCGAGCGGGAGCUCCAUCACUGAGCCGACGAGGGAGACCACAGGGACAUUUGGGAGAAGAGGAGGAUAAUGGGUUCGCAAAAGGAAGAUGUGGAAAAGUUCCUCAAGGAGAACCCUGCAUUUGCUAAACAGUACUUUGACAAGAAGAUGAGCCCUGCCUCCAUGUCAAAGCUGUCAGGACUCCCAGAAGACCAGAUUGACUUCAGCCAGUUCAAGGACCUCACCCAGCUUGAAGAAAUCCAAAUCAUGUAUGAGCUGAUCAAAGACAUGCAAGAGAACAUCAACGUGGAAAAGGUGGUUUUCAAGAUCCUGAAGAGAAUCAGCUCCCUGAUCCACGCGGACCGGUGCAGCUUGUUCAUGUACCGCCAGCGGAACGGCGUCGGGGAGCUCGCCACGCGGCUCUUCAACGUCAACACGGAGGCCCAACUGGACGACUGCGUGGUGCAGCCGGACUCUGAGAUCGUGUAUCCGCUGGACAUGGGAAUAGUGGGCCACGUGGCCCUCACCAAGAAGACCGUGAAUGUGAAAGAUGUCACGGAGAACGAGCAUUUCAGCUCAUUCGUCGACGACCUCACUGAAUACAAGACCCGGAACAUUCUGGCUACGCCCAUCCUCAACGGCAAAGACAUGGUGGCUGUAAUCAUGGCUCUGAACAAGACCACAGGACCACAUUUCACUGCUGAGGAUGAGGACCUUUUUUUAAAGUAUUUGAAAAUAGCCACGUUGAACUUGAAGAUCUACCACCUGAGCUACCUCCACAGCUGCGAGACCCGCAAAGGACAGCUUUUGCUGUGGUCGGCCAACAAGGUGUUUGAAGAGCUGACGGACAUUGAGCGACAGUUCCACAAAGCCUUGUACACAGUGCGAGCCUACCUCAACUGUGACCGCUACUCUGUCGGCUUGCUGGACAUGACGAAGGAGAAGGAGUUCUUUGAUAUUUGGCCAGUGUUGAUGGGAGAGCAGGCACCGUAUUCUGGCCCGGUCACUCCUGACGGCAGGGAGGUCAUUUUCUACAAAGUGAUUGAUUACAUUCUACACGGAAAAGAAGACAUCAAGGUUAUACCCAAUCCGACUCCGGACCAUUGGGCCUUGAGUAGUGGUCUGCCUACUUACGUGGCUGAAAGCGGUUUUAUUUGUAACAUCAUGAACACAGCCGCUGAUGAGAUGUUCAAGUUCCAGACCGAGCCGCUCGACAGCAGCGGUUGGACCAUUAAAAAUGUUCUCUCGCUGCCGAUCGUCAACAAGAAGGAAGAGAUUGUUGGCGUGGCCACUUUCUACAACAGAAAAGACGGAAAGCCUUUUGACGAUCAGGAUGAGCAGCUCAUGGAGGCUUUGACCCAGUUCCUCGGCUGGUCGGUUUUGAACACGGACACUUACGACAAGAUGAACAAGCUGGAGAAUCGGAAAGAAAUUGCUCAAGACAUGGUGCUGUACCAUAUCAAAUGCCGGGACGACGAGAUCCAGAAUGUCCUGAACACCAGAGAGGUCUAUGGCUGUGAGCCCAGUGAGUGUGAAGAGGAGCAGCUCCUCGAUAUCCUGAAAAAAGAACUACCUCCACUGGUUAAGAAGUUUGAGAUCUACGAGUUCCACUUUUCGGAUUUCAACUGCACGGAGAUGGAGCUGGUUAAGUGCGCGGUGCAGAUGUACUACGAGGUCGGGGUGGUCAAGAAGUUCCAGGUUCCUCAAGAGGUGCUCGUUCGCUUCUUGUACUCGCUCAAUAAGGGCUACAGAAAAAUCACCUACCACAACUGGCGCCAUGGCUUCAACGUGGGACAGACUAUGUUCACCCUGUUAACGACGGGACUGCUGAAGCGGUACUACACUGACUUGGAGGUGAUGGCCAUGAUAACAGCGGGCUUCCUCCAUGACCUUGAUCACAGAGGCACCAACAAUUUGUACCAAGUCAAAUCUGGCAACCCUCUGGCCAAGCUGCAUGGCUCCUCCAUCUUGGAGCGGCACCAUCUAGAGAUGGGGAAGUUCCUCUUGGCUGACGAGUCACUGAAUAUCUACCAGAACCUUCACAGGCGACAGAUAGACCAUGUGAUGCAUCUAACGGACAUCGCCAUCAUCGCCACUGACCUGGCUCUUUAUUUCAAGAAAAGAACCAUGUUCCAGAAGAUCGUGGACCUUUCCCACACAUAUGAGGAUGAAAAGAAGUGGGUCGAUUUCAUGUCUCUAGAAACAACCAGAAAAGAAAUCGUCAUGGCUAUGAUGAUGACCGCAUGUGAUUUGUCAGCCAUCGCCAAGCCCUGGGAGGUACAGAGCAAGGUUGCAUUGUCUGUAGCAGCAGAGUUUUGGGAGCAGGGGGACCUGGAGAGGUCGGUACUGGAGCAGCAACCUAUUCCCAUGAUGGACAGGAACAAGGCAGCAGAACUUCCAAAGCUACAGUGUGGUUUUAUUGACUUUGUAUGCACGUUUGUCUAUAAGGAGUUUUCACGCUUUCACCCACAAAUCCAGCCCAUGCUGGACGGCAUCCUAAAUAACAGGAAGCAGUGGAAUGCUAAGAAAGAAGAGUAUGAGGCUAAACUGAAAGCCAUAGAGGAUGAGAAGGCUGCUAAAGACGCAGCCGCUGGAAGUGCUGCAAACAGUGGUGGAGGCUCCAAGACCUGCUCGGUGUGCUAAAAGGUCAAAAGCCUGCACACAGACGGCUCAUGGCGUACUGACAUCAGAAUGAUUUGGGAACCGCAGCCGACCAGACGUUCAGUCUCACCGCCACGAAAGAGAUGCAAGAGUCAGAGAGACAAACACGAGGGCGAAUGGACAGCGCUGUAUCUUUUCUGAUUUCACCACCAAUAAGAGACGUUUUAUCUUUAUGGAACAUUAACCAGGUGAGCCAAAAAUGAGUUGAAAGCAAAGCGGGACACAAGCACAUGUUUACUUCAAAUCAUUACAACUUUUACUUUAAUUAAAUAGGAAUCAAGAGGAAAAGGUACAUUUUGAAUCUCAGGUUUCUACUCUUCCUCAUACUCAUGUUCGUUCACUUAGGGCAAAGCUGUGUGUGGCUGUGUCUGCUUGUUCGUUUUAUAUUCAUUAAUACGGUUUCUUUAACUUAGUUAUAAGGUUUCUUGCAUAGCAUGUCUCAAUGUAGAUUCUAUAUCAUGUUUUGAACUGUUUUCAAACAUAGUUUAUAUUGUACAUUCAUGUAAUAUUAAUUGAGGGGUUCAGAAUGUAAAGUCAUUACUGUACAAAAAAAUGAAAAAAAUGAAAAUGUCAUGUUCACUACUUCCAGUCACUUACAAAUGAGAGUUUGUUUACCUUGAUUGCAGAGAGCCAAAGGUAGAGGACGAGCUUGAGACUGCUGCAGUAAAACAUGCAUAUACUUUAGGUGAAAUACCCAUAGUUGCUUAAUCAUGAUGCCUUCAUCUUGAACAUACAUGACAGUAGCUGAGAAUGUUAUAUAGAAUGACAUGUAUUUUUAAAUAAGAGCAUAUUAACUCUGAAAAAUGGUUUGGUUCAAUAUCAGAUUAGUUAGCAAUGACGUGAAUGCUUGGACAUCAAAGGAUUUUUUUUAAGCCAUUUCUCGCCAUUUCUCUCCACCAAAAUGUCCUACUGGUGAAAAAUCUGGAGUUAUUUACUGUAGCUGUCAAUGGUGGUUUAGAUGAGAGAGGAAAGGGAACAUACAAAUGUGGAGGACAAGCAAACGUCACCUAUCGGCUCAAUAAUCUGCAUCAAGGUCCGUUUAGGGAGGAAACUUUGUUGUUCAUCAUCAUCUUCAAUGUAUGGCAGACAAAUGAAGCCGAUUGAGAGAAAAGAACAACUUCUUGUAACGACUUGAACAUACUUUGUUCCUCCUUGUAAAUACAUUAAAACAUUUUUGUAGUUCAAAAAGAAAUGCUUACUUUUGGAAUAAUGGAAGUGUGAUUUGUAAAAAUCUGGCAAAUUAGUAAAAGUAAUUUCUCAUUUACUUAAGGGAUUGAAAUACCGUUUUUAUUUUGCUUGCCUAAAUUUACUGAUGUACAAGUAUCACCAGCUAAUAUUAGGCAGAACAUGCACCUAAUAUGCUGCAUAGAUUGAACACGUUUAGGUACUUAUUUUACUUCAUCCACAGUAUUUUAAAGCUUGCCACUUGAAAGG